GGCAUUGAAGGAAUACAAGUAAAAACCCUAGUUUACAUUAUCUCUCUCUCUAGGAGUCCGAGGACGCUCGAAGAUCCUCCCCAACCGAUACGUGGGACGUAUCAUUGGUGCUCUCAUUGACGUUGUUCACCACUGCCGAUCGUACUUCUCCUCCCUACCAUGCCGUCCGUCCCUUCCCAGGAGGAAACCCUAGCGGCCAUGCAUGGGCAGAUCCAAAACCUCAAGGGUGAUUUGGAUGCCAACGUCAAGUUAUUGCAGGAGUCUCUCGGCCAGUUGCACAAAGAGUUGGAGGUCCGUAUAGAGCUUCAAUUUCAGCGCCUCCUCACCAUGUUACCCCCAAACCGCAAAGGCCAUGGAGACGAUGUUUCUGGUUGUCAAUACACCGGCGAUCAGGGAGGGGGUUUCCGAGAUCGUCACACUCCCAAACCCAAGCUCGAGGCCCCUAUGUGUGAUGGUUCGGAGCCGCUCUGUUGGCUUUAUAAAGCCGAUGAGUACUUCAAGUUCUACACUACACCACCAGAGGAGCGCCUACGUUGCAUUGCACUCAUGUUGGAAGGGCCAGCGGCGGAUUGGUUCCGCUGGCGGAUGAAUGCAAAUUUGAUCGUCGAUUAUGCCGAUUUCGUGGACAAAUUUAAGCUCAGGUUUGAUCCCAUGUAUUAUGCUGAUUAUUUUGGCCAGUUAGCUAACCUCCGUCAGACAGGAUCUGUUAUGGAAUAUCAAACGGCCUUCGAGAAUAUUAUGCAGCACGUCACGGGUGCCUCGGAAGCUAAUCUCCUGUCUCUGUUUCAUGCGGGUCUCAAGCCUCACUUACGCCACGAAAUUGCCCUGUUAAAACCCACCACACUAUCUUCCUCCUUCGCAUUGGCUCGGGAACUCGAGGCUAAGCACUCCACGUUACUCCAAUCGGUGUCGCCACGCCAACAAUCCUGGAAUUCAUCCCUGCCACCUCGGGUUUUUCCCACAUCCACACGCCCGAGUACACAAGAGGACAAGGCUGCCACGCCUACACCAGUCGGCGACGUUGGUGGUUCCGCUCCUGUACGCCGGCUACCUCGGGCCGAGCGUUUGGAACGUCGGGCUAAGGGUCUGUGCUAUAAUUGUGACCAAAAGUGGUCUAAAACGCAUCGAUGUGGGCGUUUCUUGCUCUUAUGUGACGACGAUGACGAGGAGCUUCCCGAGGAUUCCGCCACCGACAUUCCUCCCAUCACGGCUGAUAUCUGUAGUUUGAACACCAUGGACGGUGCACCCGCCCCACGCUCUUUGCGUUUGGCAGGCCGGAUUCAUCAAACCGAUAUUCAGGUGCUCAUCGACGGCGGAAGCACUCAUAACUUCCUCCAUCCGGACCUUGUUUCUAAGCUUCAACUUCCGGUUUUUAUGGUGACACCAUUUCGGGUGUAUGUGGGGAAUGGCGAUUCCUUGCCGUGUGAUAAACGUUGUGCGGAGUUACCUCUUUUCCUUCAGGGCACACUCUUUUCGGUUGAUGUUUUUGUUCUCCCAAUCCACGGGCAAGAUGUGGUUCUUGGCGUCCAGUGGUUGCAGCAGCUUGGCCGGGUAACUCAUGAUUAUGCGUCCAUGAAGAUGGAAUUCACUUGGCGUGAUAAGUUAGUCUCGCUCCAGGGGGGUAUCUCUGCACCGCAGGGGAUCAAUGCACACACUCUUAAUUUGUUGCAUGGCCGGCAAGAGUUCGCAGAUGCACUGUCUCGACGGGAUGACGGCCUGGGGGAAUCCUCGCUGCUGCACUUCGUCUCCUACCCAGUCCCGGCAUUGAUGGACACUAUCCGGCCAGAAAAUCAAGCUGCUCCCGACCUACUGGCCUUGCAUAAUGCCCACGCAGAAGCUGGGGAGAGUAAGGUUCCCGAGGUUGAUGCUCUACUUACGGAGCGGGAUUCCCUAUUACAUCAGUUACGCCGAAAUUUGGAGGCUGCCCAAAGGCGGAUGAAAGCAGCCGCGGACAAGCAUCGUCGGGAUUUAUCGUUUGAGGUUGGAGAUUGGGUCUUACUGCGUUUGGAGCCAUACCAACAACACUCCGUUGCUCGGCGCCCGUCGGCCAAGCUUAGCCGUCACUUUUAUGGUCCAUUUGAGGUUGAGGAGAAGAUCGGGCCCGUAGCCUACCGUUUGAAGUUGCCGCCUACAGCUCGCAUUCACCCCGUUUUUCACGUCUCACGGCUGCGACGCUUCUAUGGGCAGCCCACCGGCCCAUCCUACCCACUGCCAACAACAUUUAUAGAUGGGCAGCCGUUCUCCCAGCCAGUCCGUAUCCAUCAGCGCCGUUUCAUCCUCCAGCAGGGUCACACGGUUGAGCAGCUCUUGGUUGAGUGGUCGGACGGCAAUCUUGAUGAUGCUACCUGGAACCCGCGGACGUUAUUCGGCGUCGUUUUCCAACUUUGGACCUUGAGGGCAAGGAGUCCGAGGACGCUCGAAGAUCCUCCCCAACCGAUACGGGCAUGUUGGUCAUUCUCAGCCACGGGUGCGAUAGAGGGUAUAAACCAGAUUGUGACUGGUUCUCUGGUCAGCCUAUCUGAACAAGAGCUUAUUGACUGCGACAAAUCUUACAACAGUGGUUGUGAUGGUGGACUUAUGGAUUAUGCAUACAAGUUUGUGUUAAAAAACAAUGGCAUUGACACUGAAGAGGAUUACCCCUAUCAAGGAGCACAAAACACUUGCAACCAAGCUAAGUUGAAAAGACAUAUUGUUAGCAUUGAUGGAUAUAAAGAUGUGCCCUCCAAUAAUGAGAAGCAGCUACUAAAAGCAGUGGCCUCUCAGCCUGUGAGUGUUGGUAUUUGUGGGAGUGAGAGAGCUUUUCAGCUUUAUUCAAAGGGCAUAUUCGAUGGGCCGUGCUCGACAAAUUUAGACCAUGCAGUAUUGAUUGUGGGGUACGGUUCAGAGAAUGGCGUCGAGUAUUGGAUCAUAAAGAAUUCUUGGGGGACGAGUUGGGGGAUGAAGGGUUACAUGCACAUGCAGCGUAACACGGGCAUCCCGGAAGGGAUGUGUGGGGUCAACAUGCUCGCGUCUUAUCCCACCAAGACCACCCCUAACCCGCCCGGCCCUCGUCCGGGCCCCACCAGGUGCAGCGUCUUCGCUUACUGUGGCAGCGGCGAGACUUGUUGCUGUGUUUGGAAGGUGUUUGGGAUUUGCCUUUCAUGGAAGUGCUGCGGCGCACCAGCCGAAUCUGCUUCUUCUGCAGUUUGCUGCAAAGAUGGCAAACACUGUUGCCCUGGGGAUUACCCUAUAUGUGAUUCAACUAACAACCUCUGUCUCAAGAAAAGUGGAAAUGGGACACUUGUAGCACUGCAAGAUGAGAAGGAGAAGGAUGGAUCUUACUACCCAAGUUAAAAGAGAAAUGUGUGUAGCAGCUUGUUGAAGUUAUCAAGUUUUGUAGCAAUUAUUUGUCCAUGAGAAAAGUAUGGAGCACAUGAUGAUGGCAUAAGAGCAGCUCUCUUAGUCCAAGAUGGAGGAAGAGAAGGCGGCGAGAAAUUCACUUAUAUAGUACUAAAUCAUAGUUAUUUUCUCAAUAUAGUACUUAAUGUUUU